AUGGACGUUGAAACUAUCCUUUGCACGCCGGUCAAGGGCGCGGGUGGCGGUGCCCCGUCGGACGACGUGGUGCUGGCCACGCCGGGGUCGGGCACGCCUGGGCGAUGGCAUGGCGGCGGCGGGCUCUUUGCGUGCGACGCCCUGGGCGCCGCCAGCACUCCCGAGCUGCUGCGCGGCCGACAGUCACUGGGGGUGGGCGGCACGAGCCUGCUGGCGCGCGGCGGCGGCAGUGCGCUGCUGCACUUUGGCAGCGGCGCGGAUGCCGAGGGCGGCGAGGGUUGCGAGGGGGGCGAGGAGCCUUCAGCCAGCGCAGCUGCCGGGGCGGGUGGUGGCGGCUACGGCGGCGGCGGUGGUGGCGGGGACGCGCUCGACGCAGCGGGGCCGCCUGCGGCAGACGGCGGUGCGGCCCCGAAGAAGCGGCGCUCUGCGGCGCCGCAGGAGCGCAACAACUUCCGCCGCUUCAAGGGCAACAACGCGCGCGGCAAGUUCUCCUUCAAGUUCCAGUCCAAGGCCGGCGCCACUGGCGCCACCCAGCGCUUCUCGCGCAAGCUGCCCAACGGCCGCACCAUCUACGCGCGACGCAAGGCACCCACCAUGGCUGGGCAGGUGCGCGCGCGCGAGGCGCCGGCCGCUGCCAAUUAG